CUGAAUCUGACAGCACAUCAGCAUGGAAUACCUACGCCUCUGUCUGGUUAUUUUGUUAGUCUGUUUAGUCGGUGCCCAAGCAAUUUCAGGUGAUAUGCCCACGUUCAGUGGCUUGUGCCAGUUGCAAGGCGACUGGUGCAGUACCAACUGCCAAAUAGCCGGCGGACGGGAUGGACUUUGCAACAAGGUGGGCCUCUGCAUCUGCAGACCCUUGUAGUGAGGUGACGGGUUAGACAAAUCGGAAUAAAAGGCGAACAUAUUUACAA